UCAACAAUAUUUGACUUAUUGGUUUCAGACAAGCGACGUGCCGUUGGAAGCGAACCCACAAUCACUGAGAGAGUUCUAGUCCGCGUCCCCGCCGGUAUACAAAGAGGACCGCUCGCAUAGAAUGAUAGAAACUGACCCUGGUCCUAAGAAAAGUCACAAUUGUGAUGUAAAAAUUGACCACCAAUUAAACGGACCAAGUUCCAAAACAAUUGACCUAGGCGUUGUGCCACCGCUGAAGACACCAGCUAAGCUCGACCCUGAAAAGGCUCCAAGUUCAGAAAAAGCUGACUUCGAACGGGCUAUCGAACUAACCGGCUAUGGACGCUUUCACUAUCUACUACUCGCCGUGUGCGGUCUCGUCAGCACCUCAGAAGAGAUGGACGUCAUCUCUAUGUCCUUCAUUCUCCCUUCGGCGCAGUGCGACUUAGAUCUUUCCACACAGACAAAAGGAUGGCUGAACAGUAUUAUCUUUAUCGGAAUGAUGGUUGGCGCGUACGCGUGGGGAUCAGUGGCGGACUCGUUAGGACGCAAGCGUGUUUUAAUUGCCAUAUCCAUCAUCAACGCGCUCGCUAUCGUCGCCUCUUCAUUUAGCCAGAACUAUGAACUCUUCAUGGUUUUUCGCUUUAUCAACGGCGCUGCUUUGGGAGGAUCAGGUCCAGUGAUCUGGUCAUAUUUUGCAGAAUUUCAGCCAAAAAAGAAGCGAGGUGCAAUGUUGAGCUUCAUGGCUGCUUUUUGGACUCUGGGUAACCUGUUCGUUGCUGGUCUAGCUUGGGUUAUCAUUCCAAGUGAAAUCGGUGGAACGACGGGUGGUUUCGUAUACAACUCCUGGCGUAUCUUCUUACUCGUCAUGUCACUUCCUUCAUUUUUGGUAGCCGCGUUAUUGUUCCUUUUGCCAGAGUCUCCAAAAUUCCUUAUAUCUACUGGUCGUCAGGAAGAGGCUUUAGAAGUUUUUCGUGGUAUUUACAUGAUGAACACCGGUCAUAGUAAAGAUCAGUAUCCGGUUAAACAAAUUUUGGUAGAUGAACCAACACACUCCAAACCGGAAAAACAAAUUGAAGUUAGAGAGCAUAAGUCCAAACUAAGAAGGAUGAUGAGUGAUAUCGUAGAGCACAGUAAACAGCUGUUCGUUCCGCCCAUAUUGAAAUUUACUAUGAUUUCUAUAACAAUUAACUUUACAUUCCAUAUUGGUUACUAUGGUCUCAUGAUGUGGUUUCCUGAAAUGUUUAACCGUUUCGACGAGUGGUCGCGGACGCACGACAACGCCGAGGCGGACAUCUGCCAGGUGACAGCGUACGUCACGCAAUUCGGCACGCACUCGGCAGAGGCGCGUUGCGACUCGCACAUACACUCGGACGUUUUCAUGGAGUCGCUUAUCACCGUGGCUGCCGCUAUACCUUCAAACAUCUUUGCAGUAUUGGGAAUGGACAGGCUGGGCAGGAAAUUUUUCUUAGUGUUCGCUACAUUCUCGGCCGGUCUCUGCUCUGCGGCGAUGUACUUUGUGUACAACAAGACUAACAACCUCAUCGUGAGCGCCAUCUUCAGCUCUGUCAUUUCCUGUGGAAACGCCUCCCUUGACUGCCUCAUCACAGAAGUUUUCCCAACUAACUUACGCGCAACGGGUGUAGCGGUAUCAAUGGUAGCGGCGCGUCUCGGUGGUAUCAUAGGUAACGUGGUGAUCGCCGCGCUGCUCGACACCUACUGCCCGGCGCCCACCUUCAUCGUCGCCGUACUGCUCGCCAGCGGCGGCCUGAUGUGUCUCUUCCUUCCCAACACUACGAGACAAGCUCUUCAAUAACCGAAGAAACACGCAAACGAUCGUUUAGGGUCGGUUUCACCAGUAGUGGAUAAAAAUUAUCCAGCAAAUAAUUUACUUUAACAUAGGGGAAUAGGCCAUUAGGGCCUGUUUCUUCUCAAUUGUUGUACUGCAACUUUUAUAUAUUUACUAAUAGAAAUAUCUCAUAAAUAUAUUGGAAUUCAAUGAUAAAAAAGAACACUAUAUCCAUAUUUGUCUGUUGAAUACCGUCACCAAUCCGUCGACAUCCACUAUUAGUGGAACAAGUUCUUAAUAUGCAUACUUGCCAAAUACAGAUUUUAUUACAUCUGUGAAAAACAGCAUGAUACUAAAAUCGCGUUGUUGCGGAUAAUUUUUAUGGUCAUAUCUUUAACGUUUUGUAUUUGCAGCGAACGAUGUAAUCGUUAUUGUAAUUUUUUAUUUGAAAUCAUAAUGUGAUUAAAUAUGUUGUGCAAAUGUUAUUAACUUCUUAGACUGUAAAUUAGUGUUUUUGCACAUUUCAACGAUGUAGAAAAUUAGAUAUAAAUAUUGUGAAAUAUUAUAGUAUAUAAAUUUAUUUCAGAAAAA